CUGACUUGGCUCCUUCUAUAAGUGUCCCUCUCCAGUUUGAAGUGAGCUGACUCAAACUAGUCUUGAUUCUUGAUUCGCGUCUUACUUACUACUUAAGCAAGAAAUAUCUAGAAAAUCAUUUUGCUGGGGCCCUGACUUGGCUCCUUCUAUAAGUGUCCACGCCCAGUUGUUCCCUUUGUCCAGUACUCAAUAAUCAUCUCACUAGUUCAAAUCAACAGAAAAUGCUCAUGGCUGACACUCAAUCUACUGAUAACCAUGCAGUUUUUCACAAUGUUUCCACCAUCCUCUCUUCUUCUGAGAGAGACUUUCUUGUUCGCAACGACGGUAAUCAGGUUAAAAUUGAGAGCUUGAAGGGAAAGAAGGUUGGGUUGUAUUUCUCAGCAUCAUGGUGUGGUCCGUGUAAGCGAUUCACGCCGGCUUUAGUGGAGUUUUACGAUGAACUCUCUUCAAAGGGUGAUUUUGAGGUUGUUUUUGUUUCGGGUGAUGAGGAUGAAGAGGCAUUCAAGGGCUACUUCUCAAAGAUGCCUUGGCUUGCGAUCCCAUUCUCUGAUUCAGAGACACGUGAUAGAUUGGAUGAGUUGUUCGAGGUGAGUGGUGUCCCUUACCUGGUGAUUCUUGAUGAAAAUGGGAAAGUUUUGACUGAUAGUGGAGUGGAGAUCAUUCGAGAGUAUGGAGUGGAAGGGUACCCUUUUACUGAAGAAAAGAUCAAGGAGAUGAAAGAGGAAGAAGAAAGAGCCCAAAGGGAACAGUCCUUAAAAUCUAUCUUGGUCACCAAAUCACGGGACUACGUGGUUUCAUCGGAUGGAAAAAAGGUACCUGUCUCGGAACUUGAAGGGAAGACUGUUGGUCUGUACUUUUCGUCGCAUUCAUUCAAGGCCUCUGCUGACUUUACUCCAGAGCUAAUCAAGGUCUAUGAGAAGCUGAAAGAAAAGGGGGAGAGCUUUGAGAUUGUGUCAAUAUCACUUGAUGUGGAGGAGGAAUCUUUCAAGGAGAGCUUAUGUAGCGUGCCUUGGCUAGCAUUGCCCUUCAAGGAUAAGAGCUGUGAGAAGCUGGCUCGGUUCUUUGAGCUCUCCACCCUUCCCACUCUGGUGAUUAUUGGGCCAGAUGGGAAAACUCUCAAUUCCAAUGUUGCUGAAGUUGUCAAAGAACAUGGAGUUGAGGCAUUCCCAUUCACCCCUGAAAAGUUUGCACAACUUGCUGAAAUGGAGAAAGCGAAAGAGGCAACUCAAACCCUGGAAUCAGUUCUGGUUUCUGAGGAUCUGGAUUUUGUCAUUGGGAAAGAUGGAAGCAAGAUUCCGGUGUCCGAAUUAGUUGGGAAGACCAUUGUCCUGUACUUUUCAGCGCAUUGGUGCCCUCCCUGCCGGGCAUUUUUGCCAAAACUUACAGAAGCAUACCACAAAAUCAAGGCAAAAAAUGAACCAUUUGAAGUGAUUUUUAUUUCUAGUGACAGGGACCAAGCUUCCUUUGAUGAUUUUUUUUCAGGAAUGCCAUGGCUGGCGCUUCCCUUUGGUGAUAGGAGGAAGGCAUCUUUGAGUAGGAAAUUCAAGGUCUAUGGCAUUCCUAAGCUAGUGGCUCUUGGACCAACUGGCCGAACCAUCACAACAGAAGCAAGGAAUCUGAUUUCAGUCCAUGGAGAUGCUGCUUAUCCUUUUACCGACGAACAUGUGAAGAAUAUUGAAGCGAAAAUUGAGGAAAUGGCAAAGGGGUGGCCUGAGAAGGUGAAGCAUGCACUUCAUGAGCAUGAGCUUGUUCUUACUCGCCACAUGGUGUAUAUCUGUGAUGGAUGUGAUGAAAGAGGACACAUGUGGUCAUUCUACUGUGAAAAAUGUGACUUCGAUCUACAUCCCAAAUGUGCUUUGGAAGAGCAUAAAGAAACCAAAGAUGAUGAUGCCAAGGAAGAUAAACCCAGCCAAGAAGGAUGGAUCUGUGAUGGGGAUGCCUGUCACAAGGCUUGAGAUAUCGGCCUUUUGGUGCUGACAAGAAUGAACCGUUUGUGCUAUGAAGUGUCUUUGUUGUGUAUGUCUUUUUUUUAAGGAGUCAUGUCUAUUUCACCAUCAAUAAACUUGAUCAUAAGUACACCUUUGCCCUA